GCUGUAUGUGGCGGUGGAGCGGUGCCCGCUCUGCAACACCACGCGCCGCCGCCUCACCUGCGCCAAGUGCGUCCAGAGCGGAGACUUCGUCUUCUUCGACGGUCGCGACUCCGAGAGUCAGGUGGUGCUGCCAGCAGGCGUGCCCGUGUUGAUGUAGCCAACAGAAGCUCCAGACAGUUCAGGGCAAAAAGAGAGCCGUGCGGUAGGAUAUCUGAAAUGCAUAUCUAUUUUAAGCAGCAUGUGUUAAAACAGUGGUCUCUGUAAACACUGAAUGAAAUCAGGAAGGUUUUCAGACAAGAAAGAAAGGCUGAUGCGUCUUAAAACCAAACAGAAAGAAUUCCAAAAGCAUGUUUUGAAGGCCAUGGAAGGGAAAGAGAUAACUGAUCAGCUGAGAUGGAAAAUAAUGUCUUGCAAGAUGAGGAUUGAGCAGCUGAAACAGACCAUUUGCAAAGAAAAUGAUGAAAUGACAAGAUAUGCAGAGGGGCUUCUCAGAAUUAAAGAGGAGAACCAGAAACAUUAUCGCAGGGCUCAGCGGCAUCAGGAGAAGAAAGAGAAGAUCCAGAGGCAUAACCACAAGCUGGGAGACUUGGUAGAGAAAAAAGUCUAUGACUUGAAAACCCAGUAUGAGCAUCUGGCAAAUCUUCGUCGGAUGCAUAUCCUAGAACUAACAUCAGUCAUAUUUCCCAUUGAAGAAGUAAAGACAAGCAUGAGAGAUCCUGCAGAUGUGUCUUCUGAGAGCGACAAUGCUAUGACCUCUAGCACUGUGAGCAAGCUUGCAGAAGCCAGGAGAACCACAUAUCUCUCUGGGAGGUGGGUGUGUGAUGAUCACAAUGGGGACACCAGCAUCAGCAUCACAGGGCCUUGGAUAACCCUUCCUAAUAAUGGAGACUAUUCAGCAUAUUACAACUGGGUGGAAGAGAAGAAGACUACACAAGGACCGGAUACGGAACAUAAUAACCCUGCUUACACUAUCAGUGCUGCAUUGUGCUAUGCAACUCAGCUUGUUAACACUUUGUCUCUCAUACUUGAUGUAAAUCUUCCCAAGAAGCUCUGCAACAGUGAGUUCUGUGGAGAGAAUCUCAGCAGACACAGGUUCACACGGGCAGUGAAGAAGUUGAAUGCUAAUAUCCUGCACCUUUGCUUCUCUCAGCAUGUAAAUUUAGAUCUGUUGCACCCACUGCAUACGCUCAGGAACCUUAUGUACCUGGUCAGCCCAGACACCAAGAACUUGGGCAGGUCUGGGCCUUUCGAAAUCAGUGCUGAUCUUGAAGACUCCAUGGAGUUUGUGGAUCCCAGUGCCACUGGUGAGACAGAUGAGAGCGGAGAUGAGCACAUCAGCGAUGAAGAGACAGACCUAGGGACAGACUGGGAGAAUCUGCCAAGCCCCAGGUUCUGUGACAUCCCCUCUCAGCAGGUGGAGAUGCUGCAGAGCCAGAGCACGCAGGUAUCUCAGCCCAUUGCCAGCAGCAGUGCUGGUGGAAUGAUCUCUUCUGCUGCCGCCUCAGUGACCUCGUGGCUGAAGGCAUACACUGGACAUCGCUAACAAGCAUGGCAAAAGGAUCAUAGGAUUUGUGGAAGGAAUCCCUCCCCAGCAAUGCUGUAGUAAACCUUACGUAUUCAGUUAAGUAGUGCCUGGAACAAAGAAAAGGUCAGACUUUCAUUUUGUAAACCAGAAAAACCUUUUUAUUUACCCAA